AAAAGUAAUUGGUUUCUGCCGAGGUGCAAGUAUUCCUUCAGAGAAGCACAGCAUGCAUUUUAGAAAUUUUAACUACAGUUUUAGUUCUCUGAUUGCCUGUGUGGCUGACAGUGAUGUCUUCAAUCAAGCAGAAACAAGGGCCAAAUUUGAAUCGCUCUUUAGAGCAUACGACAGAGAUACCACGUUUCAGUAUUUUAAGAGCUUCAAAAGAGUACGAAUAAACUUCAGUAACCCUUUAUCUGCAGCAGAUGCUAGAAUCCAGUUGCACAAAACAGAGUUCCUUGGGAAGGAAAUAAAACUGUAUUUUGCUCAGACUUUGCACAUUGGAAGCUCACAUUUGGCACCACCAAAUCCAGACAAACAGUUUUUGAUUUCACCUCCUGCCUCUCCACCUGUUGGUUGGAAGCAAGUAGAAGAUGCUACUCCAGUCAUAAACUAUGACCUUUUAUAUGCUAUCUCCAAGUUAGGGCCAGGAGAGAAGUAUGAGCUCCAUGCUGCAACUGACACUACUCCUAGUGUUGUUGUCCACGUGUGCGAGAGUGACCAAGAAAGUGACAUGGAAGAAGAAGCGAAGAAGCCCAAACCAAAAAUUAUUCAGACAAGAAGGCCAGAUUAUACUCCUACCCAUUUAAGUUGAACUGCUCUAGUUUUUGAAGGAUUACAAGCAGACAUAUGCAAGGGAAACAUUUACUAUGGAAAUAGCUGGUCACAAAUUUGGUGGCGACAGCAGCAGUUGUAGUAGGAGAAAUUCCAGUGUAAGGUUUGCUCAGAAAAAAUAUAGGAAGUUUCCUCCUUGUUUCUAAUGUUGCCUGUUGGUUGAUGUUACGAGCGUAUUCCCAGAUUGCUGGGAAUGAAGAUAGUCAGAAAAAGACAUUUUUGAGAAGUGACAAAACUGAAACUGAUAUGGGAUUAUUUGGGGAGGUACUAUUCCAUUAGGAAGCAACUGGGGAAAGCUUUCUUCAUUCUGUCUCACAUAAAUCCUCAAACAUAUAGGCUAGUCAUUUUGUGAAGUACAUAGUGGUGGUUUUAAAGAUUAAGGUAUGGGAAUUAUAAACCUUUUUCUUAUGAUAGAUUUUGUGCAUGUAUAUUCUUGCUCUUCUAAAACAACUUUGCAUUAUUUUCUAAAAUUUCUCACUUCACGUUUUUGGAAAUCUGGGAAUUUGUUUAAAGUAUUUAUUAUCUAAACAUCCCGGAGUUAUUACUAGAUGUGUAUAUACAUAUAUAUUUAUAUUUGUUUUUAUUGGCACUCCUUUUCCAGCAGGCAUACAAUUUAUUUGGCACCUUACUUUGGUGCUAUUUAACUUGUGCUUUUAAAUUUUUAAUCUUUUAAAUGCUUGUAUAGGGUUUUGUCUGGCCAAGUUAUGGAAAAAAUGUGCAAUAGGAAAGUUAUUUGAAUAAGUUGGUUUUAAAUUAUUUAAGUUUAAAUAAUUUAUACUUUCAAUAACAUUUGUUCAGUAACUGACUUUCUCCUUUGGAAAAAAUAAUAUUCUUAAAUGUAUAAAUAAAGCUAAUAUUGUAUAUUCACAGCAAUGUACUUUUUCAGUGAAAAGAAUGGCAAUGGAAAGAAACAGAUGAACUCUGCUCAGUAUGUGAUCUACAAUGUUGCAAACAAAUGUUUUAAUAGUGACUGAAAAAUUGCACACAGUAGGUAGAACAGUGAAGAGAGAUGGAGUGCCUUUUCCUCAUUCAUUCCUGAUGUGAACUGUUCUAUGAGCUGCACAUUGUAUCUUUUUCUAAAUGGCUUUGUGUGUCCAUAACUAUAUACUUUCUUAGCAUUGUUUCCAAAACAAGCUAGUAUUUAGAAAUGCUUAAUGAUAAGUGAUGAUGCAUACCUAAGUAACGGUAGACAUGGGAAAAGCUUUAGAGUUUUUUAUAUGUUACUGUUUAAAGUCAGUGUUUGUGACAUACAAAUUUUGAGGAAGAAACAGCUCAGAAGUGUGUUAUCUUACUUGUUUUUAAAAUGGAGAUCCUCACUUUGAAAUAGACUACGGUAUUUUUUUGUAAAGAUGGUACUUGAUAUCUUUGGGAAAACACCACUUACAUUUUUAGAAAGGGGAUGUUUGAAGCCUCUCAUUGUGUUUUUAGAAGUGAAGAGCCUGGUUCUCUCCUGGUUGAGUAUUUCCAGAGUUGAUCUGAAAAUGAGUUUUGUAGAUGAAGAUAAUAUUUAAGAAAAAAAUCAUUCUAUGCCGUUGGAAACAAACAUUAACUUGGAUGCCCGGGUUCACACCACUUGUUAAAAAUACAUAGUGUAGCAAGAUGUGUAAUGAAGCUAUUCCAAGCUAUGGUGCAGUGUUAAAUGCAGCGUUACUGAAAGCUGGUCAAUAUGCUAAGCAAAAUAUGACCUAAUAUCUCAUGACUGAAGAGAACAGGAAUAUAUUUAACUUAAUAAUACCUGCAGUAAUGGCCUUAUUCUCAUUGUUUUGAUCUACAGGGCAUACCAAACACUAAUACUUGGCGUGCAUCUUGAAUCUGACUCAUGUGGCACUCUCUCCUUGUUAAGCUGUAGCUCAGGAUGUCUGUAGGUGAAGAGUCAGUGCAAUAUUGCUGAAUCCAUGUUGCAUGGAAAUGGAGGUGCAUAAGCUUUUUUGUGUUAGUAAGGUGUAACCAUCAGCUGGACAUGUCUACUGCUUAAUCAGCACACAUACACAAAAAAAGUCGGAGGGGGGAAUCUCAGAUGUUUACCACAACUGCCUUUAAACUGUUCCAAGACUUUCUUGUACGUUUCUCAAGUUACUACUAGACUUACAGUAUUUUACUUCAUUCAAUUAAAAAUUGUUGGACUAAUUUCUGCUCUGUCCUUUUCCCAUCUAUUCACAACUACCAAUCAAAGCAUUAGUUAAGCAUUAGUUUUGCAUUAGCAACUUAGCUUGCUGCUCUUGUGCUUCCUAGCAAUCCUGAGAAAGCAGUACUAAUCUUUGAUUAAAAAGAAAAGUGUUAAAUAUUGAUGUGAUUUUCCAUUUUGAUACACUGGUACCUGCCCAAUAAAGGCAGGCAACUAGAAACCACGGAAGACACGGAUGGCUGCAAUGUAUUCCCCUUCUGAUCUUAAUUUUGAACAGAGAUUUGUGAGAUAGUAACUUUUCCUGUCUUUCUGGUUGUGCAUCUUGGCUUGUGCUACCUUCUAUUAGCAUUGCUACAGUGUAUUGCUUGCUCUUUCUGGUUGUUUUUUUAAAAUGUUCAAAUGGAUGCUUAGUUGACAUUUUAUACAAUUGUAUAGUAUGGGGCAUAUUUAAAUUAAAAUAUUUUG